AUGAAAGAACUGACCAAAGAAGAAAAAAGCACUACUGGUUCUUCUCUUUCUUCUUAUCCCAACCAGGAUUACAUAAUUACGCCCUUAACAUGUGAAGAUCCAUAUGAAAAUCUAGGUAAAGAUUCUCACGAUACGUAA